CAUUUAUUCCUGUCAAAAAGCGCAACGCUUGAUCACACAAUACCCUUCUCACCAUCAUAGUGCUCACCUACAUAUUCAACGUGCGUUUUGAGUGACUGGGAGUGCAGCAACUGCAAUUGCAAAAGUGGCAACCUGUGUACAUCUACCACAUCAAUCAGCUCGAUAAUCGGGAUAUCAGGCAGUGUUCUAGAUCGCUUCUUUUGUCCCUGUUGCCAUCACAAAAAGGUAUUGACAGCAGACAUCAGAUCUGCCCGAGCCUUUGAGCUUGAUAUACUGGGCGCGCGACAUGCCAUCCUUGGAUUGAAAAGAACGACAGUUCGAAAGAAAGUGGCUGGAAAUGACAGACACGUCGACUGUCAACGGCACCUCAAAUGGAGCGAGUCAACAGGCUUUCGACACCGCCAACGUCCUCCAGGCUUUGGACCUCAUCCACAAUCCUUCAACCAAGAAUGACAUUCGGAGGCAAGCAUCGGACUACCUAGAGAGCCUCAAAGCGAGCAGCGAGGCGCCUCAGUUUGGAUUCACUCUAUCGACGGAUCGAUCGCAGUCCCCGCUGGUUCGCCAUUUUGGCCUCUCUUUGCUAGGACAUGUCAUCCGGCAUGAGGGUCACAAUCUUUCCGAAGACCAGAACGUCCAGCUUCGAAACUGUGUGCUUGGAUUGGGCCAGGACAUCCAACCGGCGGACUUGGCCUUCAUUCGCAACAAGGUAGCCGAACUUUGGAUUGAACUUGCCAAGCGAAGCUGGGCCUUGGAUUGGUUCGACUUGGAUGAGCAGUUGGUCAAGCUGUGGUUUCAAGACCUCGUGCACAAAGAUUUUGUCCUGACCGUCUUGGAGAGCUUGUCCGAAGACGCUUUCGUUCGCGAUGACAGCAUUGCUGUGCUGCGUGGACGAGAACUCAAUUCUGCGCUCGUGGAGAUCUUCACAUCUAGUGCCAAUUACGCCGGUGGGAUCAAGGUAGGAGAUGUGGUACAUCAUGUGCGCUGUGGCGAGGAUGGCUGGUUGAUCCGCAUCAAGCAGUUUUUGGAUGAAUGCCAUAACGCUGGGCAAAUCACGGGCGGGACCAAGGACACGGUCGUAAAGGCCCUCGCUACAUUGCGCUCGGCUUUUCUCUGGGUCAUGACUUCCGCCAUAUCGCAUUCCUUGGCUCUGGCUGCAACCUGCAGCUUUCUCACCCAGUCAGAUGCGGAUCUUGUCCUAGCGGCUAUAGACGUCCUCCUUUCCCUUUACGGACGACCCAAGAUGGAAGAGAUCGAGGUGCAAGCACUGGUGCACCCUCUUGUACAGCCGGAGAGCAUCAUGUCCUUCCAACAGCUGUAUUCGUGGUCCGUGGUCUCCGUUGACGAUAUUGACAGCAGCAGAUAUACCAUCUCCAAGAAGUUGUCGGAAUUGAUGUCCCUCUUGUCGGAUCACAUGGUUCAGUACCCACCUCCGGACGCGGGUAGUCUCAACCUUGAACCUUUCCUGCGCCUGAUCAUUGCCAUGGCCGAACACGAGAGUCUUAUAGUCUCGAUCCCGGUUGUCCACGCUUGGGUCAGACUACUGGAGGUAGCAUCGUGGAGGAAUACUCCCGUCGUCCAGCUAUGUCUCGGACCCCUUUUACAAGUAACGUCACAACGGCUCAUCCAAUACGACCAACUCCCUGAAGAUGCACAGAGUCCCGAGGUGAUCUUCAUCAAUGAAGAGAUCGAACUGUUUCCCGAACGGCAAGGCUUCUACACCAAUUAUCGAAAACUCUGCUCCGCCGUUGUCGAGGUGAUUUGUUAUUCCCAACUCGAUGAAGCCGUACACGCAGUUUUGAAACGAGCAGACGAACUCUUGGACGAAGUUCAAGCAUUUGAACAACAACUUGAUCUGGACAGGUACCAGAGGCUCUCCAUGAACUUGCUCAAAGCGGACUCGUACUUUUCCAUGGUCGAUGCAGCAUUCAAGGGCCUUGACCGUUGGCAAAAUAUGCACCGGGAGUACAUGACGCCAAAACGGGAGGAAGUUUGUCAAAGAGUCCGAGAAGCUUCGAAGGCCUGGAUGCUGGAUACCAUGAGUCGAAGACAGUUCAGAGACCCGAUGAUCAGAGAACGGUUGAUCAAGAGCGCAGUCGAGGUUUCCAACAAGGCCUUGCAAAAGGACACAGGCUUCGCCUUUAAUGUACUUGAGCACAUCCUUUCCUCAUUCAUCGUCAACGAUCAGCAGAAUCAAGCGUACGUCGAAUCUGUGAACGAAUUGAAUGGCUAUGCCACUGUGGAACUGAGGCGUCUUUCGCAACAACACGCCGACUACUUUGUCACAUUCUACGACCAACUGCAGUCGAAGUUCACUGAUCUAAUCAACCAACUGGGUGCGGAUGAACGAUUGCAGAUCGACCUUGAGUCCGCACUCUUUUCAGUCAUACAACGUGCGACGUCGGUCGAUUAUGCCGACCGACAAGCCAGACUGCAGGAGUUCCUCCAGCCGAUCGCUGUCGCUUGGGUCGGUGGAAGCGUCCAGGAAUCGCUUCAAAGCUUCGAAUCCUUUGCUCACUUUCAAGCAUUUGAUCGCGUCGGGCCCUAUCUGGAUUCUCUCCGCGCAAUUCAUCAUGAAGACUGGUCGUCGGUCCCGUUUGACAAUCACGGCCAACAAAUCCAACUCGAGAUGAUGGCUGGCUAUAUCAAACUGCCUUUGAGAAAAACGAGGAUGCUGCUUAGCAUAUCGUCGGAAAAGCUCCAAGAAGGCUCGACUCUACACAAAAUGGCGUGCGACUUGUGGUCACCCAUGAUCUCGAAUAUCCUUCCCCCUGUGUUGCGCCUCACGAGCUACAAUCACCGGCUGCAUGAUCCUGCUUCGUGGCCGAAUGUGACACCCCAAUUGGAACCGGUCGUUCGACGUGUUCUCCGCGACCGGUAUUGGCAGUCUGGCAUUUCGUCCGGGUCAAUGAACGACUUCCACAGCAAGGUCAAAUCGACCAAGUCGACUUUGGAGGGGUUCGCUUCGUCCGUACGUGGUCGGAUUCGUGGAAACCUAGAGCAAUGCUACGGCAUUCUCCACUGCCUGAGUCGACUGGGCCCUGCAUUCUACAGCUUGCAACAAGUUCCGGAGAUGAUCGCUGAGGCUGUCGUAGACACCGCGGCACCCCUGGGUCCUCAUCACUUCUCCGUUCUCAUCCAAAUGCUGACGAAGAUGGUGGAGGAAUGCCCGGCAGAAUAUCGACAACAGUUCCUCACCCCCAUCCUGGCCUCGCUCCUGCGACAGAUGGACACGAAACUCUCAACCGACUGGGCCAAUAUGAUGGAGCGAAAACAGAUCAAGGUUGAAGAAGAGAACCUCGACGAGGAGAUGCGCGACGAGUCGAUCCUUCGGGUGACGACCUCCAAGGCCGUCAACCUGGUGGGUCACUGGUUGAACCCCAAACGGGAGCAGGAGCUCAGCAGCAAAAAGGCCAUCGUCAACGGCAAUUACCUGACUCAGGGAAACCGACAGCCCAUGCGGGAUUUCCUCCUGUCCAACGUCAACAUCCUCGACCGCCUGCUGGUGUUUAUGUCGCACGGGAUCGCCUUCCGCGACACAAAAUCGUGCUCCAUGACCCUGGAAACCCUGAGGCGGAUCGUCCCCGAGUUUGCGUUUGACCGUUUCAUCGCGGGCCAGGAGGCGGUGGCCGUGCGUGAAUUCAUCUCGACUGAUGUGCUCAAGACGGCCAUCACGUGUUUAAACGACGGCUACUUUGCCGAUCAACAAGGACUGUACGCCCACCUCAUCGCGACCAUCUGGGUUUCCUAUGGACUGUCGAUCCACGUGCCGGCGACGACGACCGAAGGAGGCCAAGGCCAACCGGCCCACGAGCGACCUCCCCUGACGCAGACCCCUCGAGACGUGAUUCUCAGUCUUCCCGGCAUGACGGAGCGCCAGGUCAAACAGGCCGCCGCGAAAUUGGCCCGCGAGGGUCUAAGCGGCCGCCCCAAGAAGCUCCGCGCCAUCAUGAUGUCGUUGCUGGAAGGCGUGAGGGGAGUCAGGAUCAGUGAACUCGGCAAGAUCGACAUGCGGCCUCAACAUUCGAAGAUUUUGGAAAAGUACAAGCAGCGCGAGUUGUUGGACAUGCACGGCGUGGAGGGAGGAACGACCAAACCCGUCGAGGAUGACGGGGUCGAUCUCGGCGGGAUAGCGGACAUGUUUGCAAGCUAGGAACUUGGUAGAUGAAGUUACGAACGAACGAACGAGCGAACGAAUCAACUAACUUGCACAUUACAAGGAAGCAAAAGGACUUUAGCGUCUCAGUCCUUUUGCUUCCUAUACGAACUUGGGCUCGCUUCCCAAGCCAGAUGAUGGAUGCACUUUUCUCGGAAGCCUCGAUCUUCGACACGAUUAGAUGAGCUCAUGCAAAUGGUUUAUAGUCCUUGGCCCAGGUAGAUGAUUGGAAAAACGUUUGCCUACUCCCGGGGCCAUGUUGUGGCGGCAUGCGCAUUGACGACCAGGGGUUUUCUAGAACAGAGACACCAAGACAGAAACAUUUGGACAUUUCUUGGUGCAAGCACCUCUUUACACCUGAGAUAUAAGAAGAUUCUUAUUCGCA